AUGUUUCAGAUCCCACCGAACUGCAACUUGAAGAUUUUCAACAAUGCUGAAUUCGCAGCUCAGCUUGCUGAAUCAGUGGAAAAGGGUUAUGAAGCGGUGUACGCUUUGACUCGCCUUUGCACUAUACGAAUAUCGUUCGUCAAGGGAUGGGGAGCUGAUUAUCGGAGACAAACGAUUGAUGCUACUCCGUGCUGGAUCGAGGCCCAUCUCAAUGGACCGUUAUUGUGGAUUGAUAGAGUGUUGCGUAGUAUGGGUGCACCAAUGAUGGCACACUCCUCAUUCACGAGAUCUGACUUUCGAGUUAGAUUUACUGGCAGUAUAGAACGUUCUUCUUUGUUUCGUUUCGUCAUCUAUUUCACAAUUACCGAUUCGUUUCUGUCCAUAAAUUACUGA